GACAGGGCCGUGCAGUGUCGGUCCGUCGCCCGUCCCGCCGCCCCGCCGCCGCCUGUCGCCCGCGCCCAUGGCGUGCUGGGGCCUCGCCUGUCUGUUGUGGCUGGCCGCGUGCCAGGCGGCCACCGCCAUCGACAUCGCCCGCUUCUACGGCUACGGGCACGUGCCGGGCAUCGCCAGUAAACGAUCUGAAGCGCGGCGCUGCCGACCCACCGAGCCGUUCCUCUGCCCCGGUGGCGACGUGUGCAUAUCGAUAGCGUACCUGUGUGACGGAGCGCCCGACUGUCCCGACAGCUAUGAUGAAGAUAACAAGCUCUGCACGGCAGCGCGGCGGCCGCCGGUGGAGGAGACGGCCAGUUUCCUGAAGUCGCUGCUCGCCAGCCAUGGUCCCAACUACUUGGAGAAGCUGUUUGGCAGCAAGGCCCGGGACGCCCUGUUGCCGCUCGGCGGAGUGGAGGCGGUGGCUGUCGCACUGUCAGAAUCGCAGACGAUCGACGACUUCGGCAGGGCGCUGCAGCUGAUGACCGUCGACGUCAACCACCUGCGCUCCGUCUUCAUGGCCGUCGAGAACGGAGACAUGGGCACGCUGAAAUCACUCGGCAUCAAGGACUCGGAGCUCGGCGACGUCAAGUUCUUCUUGGACAAGCUGCUGAAGACAGGGUUCCUCGACUAGAGCCGAGAGCGGGAGCCGAUUCGUGUCCAACUGCGCGCGUGCGGGCCCCGGCCGGUCGGGGCAGAGAGACCCUGAUCGAGCCCGCCCUCAGCAGUCUCCGGCCGCGGCCGACGUCCAACACCGUUCCCGAUCGCGCCGACAGCGGCCUCGACCUCGGCCGAAGACUAGCCGGCUGGCCGGGGACCCUGCAGCCACCUGCGCCGGCCGCGGCCCUGCGCCGGCCGCGGCUCCGCGCCCGCCCGCAGCCGCCGCGCCCCCGUCCGCGCCGGCCUCUCCUCGAUAGCACCCCACUGACCACCAGCGCAGCGCCGCGCGGACGGGCCGCCCGACGCCUGGGGCGCCCUGACCCUGACCUGAGAGCGGGCAGCGGCGGCGGCCGGCGGCCGGCCCUCGCGGCAGCCGCCGGCCGGCGCCGGCCGCCCCCCCCCCCCUGUGACUCGCCCCGCCCCUGCCAUCCUCUGUGGCGUGAUCUCAGCUGGUCUUUGAGCCGGUCCAACCCGACCGGCGUGCUGUGAGCUCCGCGCUGACUCCAUGACCUCUCGGGUCACUCCGCCUUCCGGCCAGGCGCAGCGCGAGCCGAGGCGCCCCACUCCUGUCCGUGGGGGCCCACGGCUCGACAAAACGGCUCGCAACGACACCAACCCGGUCGCUUCAAGGUGUCCUGUCUAUCGCUGUUUCGGGCAUGCUGAUUUCGUGUGUUCAUGGCGCGUUACGUUACAAAUAUGUAAGUAGGCUAGCUUAGUUAACCUUUCGUUAGGAAUAUCAGCAGCCUAUAAAAUCUAUCUGUUGGAGGGCUGGAUUGGUAAAAAUAAAUUGCGCAGUGACACAUCAUCAGUCUCAUAUGAACAUGUUUGUGGAAAAUGGCUGACGGUUGAUACACGUUUGUUUCUAAGAUUGGUCUAUCGAUAUUUCAAAUACGAUUAAAGGAACGGCAUGGUUUCUUGAUAGAAAAUGUAGAAAAAUCAUUUCGGAAAGGAAGUAACUAUUUGCUGAAAGUGAAAGACUGAAGGUCAGUAGAAGAAAAAUGAUUUAGUUCUGGAAUGAGCAUAGGCAAUAAUAUAAAUCUUUUGUGUUGGAGGCCACGGGAAUUGUAAGAGCUGCGAGGUAAUAUCUGUUUUGAAUGGAGACAGUGCGAUCGGAAACAAUAGUGUUCGUUAUCAUGUAUUCAGAAAUAUAUGUUAUAGAUAUCUUU